ACCCCACCGCCCCGACCGCCCCGACCGCCCCCCGCCACACCAUGAAUGAGGCGGUCGGGCUGCGGCAGCGCCGGCCCAUUAGGCCGCAGGUUAUCACCGAGGACAACCAGGUGCCGGGGGUCAAGGACAACAGUACAUACAGCAGUAAAGUGUUCCGGGUAACCUUCAUGAUGCUGGCUGUCUCCCUUAUCUUCCCCCUGCUUGGGGCGAUAGUUUUCCUGGAUUGCCCCAUAAAUCCGCAGCCUCUCAGCUUCAAAGAACCUCCCUCCCUAACUGGUGUUCUGCAACCAAAUGUGAAGUUGCGCCAAGCAGAGCGGCUAUUUGAAAACCAGCUUAUUGGUCCAGAGUCUAUUUCAAAUAUUGGUGAUGUUAUGUUUACUGGCACUGCUGAUGGUCGGAUUGUAAAAAUAGAAAGCGGAGAAUUGACUACGGUUGCCAGACUUGGAAAAGGCCCUUGCAAAACCAGGGAAGAUGAGCCUACAUGUGGUAGACCUCUUGGCAUACGUGUUGGGCCUAAUGGUACCCUUUUUGUGGCCGAUGCUUACCAGGGAAUAUUUGAAGUUGAUCCCAACACAGGUGAUGUGAGACAGCUAUUGUCUUCUCAGACCCCCAUUGAGGGAAAGAAAAUGUCCUUUGUGAAUGAUUUGGCGAUUACACGGGAUGGGAGAAAAAUCUAUUUUACAGACUCCAGCAGCAAAUGGCAAAGGCGGGAUUAUCUCCUCUUGGUUAUGGAGGGCACAGAUGAUGGACGUUUGCUGGAGUAUGAUACCGUGACCAGAGAGGUGAAGAUUUUAAUGGAUGGCCUGAGAUUCCCCAAUGGAGUCCAGCUCUCUCCUGCUGAAGAUUUUGUGCUGGUGGCCGAAACGACCAUGGCAAGAAUCAGAAGGUUCUACGUGUCUGGACUUAUGAAAGGUGGGGCAGAUAUGUUUGUGGAAAAUAUGCCAGGCUUUCCAGACAACAUCCGUGGGAGUAGCUCUGGAGGGUACUGGGUGGCCAUGUCAGUGGUCCGGCUGAAUCCUGGCUUUUCCAUGAUGGAUUUCUUAUCUCAGAGACCAUGGAUUAAAAGAAUAGUUUUUAAGCUUCUAAGCCCAGAAACGCUGGUGAAGUUUGUACCCCGGUACAGCCUUGUUUUGGAACUUGGGGACACCGGCACCUACAGAAGAAGCUUGCAUGAUCCCAAUGGAGUGGUGGUGGCCUAUAUUAGUGAAGCCCAUGAACAGAAUGGACAUCUCUACCUGGGCUCCUUCCGAUCUCCUUACAUUUGCAGGCUGAAUCUUGAUCUUGUUUAAAGCUCUUAAACCUCCCCAUCUCCUGCCGCCCUCACCAGCCCUCAGUUUAUGGCUCUCCUGGUGUUGAAACAUUCUCGGGGUUUUAGCCUUUAAGGGGCCUGACCCACUAAAACUUGUGGUAAUGCACCUGUUCUUACACUCUCUAAUCCACUUUCUGUGGUGCCAGGGACUGUCCCAUCCUAUGCUCACCUUAGAUGGCUGUGUUUUUCAUUGAGCUCCAUAGUUGUCUUGGAAAGACUCCUGUUCAAAUGACCCACAUAACAUUUGGGAGGAAGAGAAGAUGAUGUGGGGUCGUUUUUAUCACACAAAGCAGUUAGGUCUGGGUUAUUUUCUCCACUUAAAACAAAUGCUACUUAAUACAAGGGCUACUCUGAGGCCUUUGGGAGAGGAAGCCCAGGGGUCUUGUUUUGGCUUCUGGUUGUCCCUUUUUAUCUUUUUACCCAGCGAUGGAUGCUUUAUGAAAUAGAAUCCAGGUAAGUUGUAAGACUGAUUGAUUGACUGCGCCAAAUUCAUGCUGGGCACUUUGUUUCCAAGAGCCUCUAAAGCUCCAUUGCCCAGCUUGAGUGAGCCCUGGGUCCUUCUCUAGGGGAGUUACUGCCUCCCCCAGCUUAAAUCUGGACAAGUAGCUAUCUGGAAGCACAAGUGAUAUUUAACAAAUUGCAUCUGUGUAAUAAUGGACAAAUUAAAAACUAUUUUGGCUGUUUGACCCAUUAAUAAUGUCAGUCAUUGAGACCCUAUUAUACCUUUCUCUAGUCUAGUGCAGUUUAGAAUAAUGGCUGACUGAAAACUACAUGUAGUGAAUAAUGAUUUCUUUGUCCUUCAAAUGAGCUGCAUUGUAUUGAAAGUGGUUUCCCCAUCCCUCAAUUCCCAGAGUGCAAGAUGCCAGAUAAAGUGCUUAUAGGAUAAAAACCCAAGCUCUUUGCUCUGCACACAGUAAGCGCUCAAUAAAUACGAUUGAUGAUGAUGAUGAUAAUUGGGGAUAAUAUUAAUCCUAAAAGAUUACAUUUAAACAUCAUCACUGCAUGUUUAGAGUAUACAGUAAACACUCAGUAAAUACCACUGAUUGAUAGAAAUCCACCAUUGGACUAUAAGUCAUUGACUUUAGGUUUUAGGGAACUAGAGACUAUCCAUUUUGGAAAAGGGGGAGCUUAAUUUGUCAGCUAUUAACUUUUGUAAGCACAAAAUAAGUUCAGGAUAAUGACUUGGGUGUUUCCCAGAGAAAUGCUCCAACUUUGCCUCUUGAAUGUUCAUCCCUCUCCAUUCUCUAUAUGUUGAUGCCUGUGUUUUGGGAAUGAUGGAUGCAAAAGAAAAGUUUUAUUGAUUGUAGAUAUGUGAUUGUGAUUCUAUUGGGGGCUUCAGAAGGGAGUUGAGUGUGCAUGCCUGUACUGGCAGCCCAUUUUACUUUAUAUAUACAUCUUAAAACAUAAUGCUUAAAGAUUCUUAAUGUUAAGAUGCACAACUAUCCCAUUGAUUCUUGGCUUUGUCAGAGGCAGAAUCCUAGACUAGGUAGACUGUGGGUCUGGCCCAGUAUUAGUGUUGCUUAAUUUCCUACAAUGCACUGGAGCUGGAUUUUCUCCCAGCCACUUUCUGAAGCACAGAAAUCAUCCACUUACACUUGCACCAUGCUGGUCACCUGGUCAGGCAGAACCCAGGCUUUCAGCGAAAAGCACACCCACAGCGACCAGUGGAGGAGUGGGAGAUUCCAGCUCCCCGAGGAACCAGGCAGGAGGCAUCUAGGUACCCCAGGUCUGAGGGCAUGCUCCCCUCCACCCCCAAGAGUCCAGGCUACCCCUGAAUAUGUAAAUGGACAAAACAAUAAAAGGCCCAUGCAUCUGUGCUGGGGCCUCCCAAGAGGAAGUGGGAAUAAAAGUGCUUGGACUACAAUAA